AUGCCUCGGCCAUCCUCCUCCUCCUCACCGGCCGCUCAACCAUCGGGCAGAAGAUAUUACUUUAGUGCCGGAGCAGUCGGCAGGGGUGCCCUCACCAGCGGCAUCGUUUCUCCGGAGGCCACCUUUGGCCCGAUUGGAAAGCGUGGCGGGCACAGAACCUCCGCUGAAACAGACACCGUUGACCUGGACCUCUCCUUCGAAUUUGUAAGCCCUGCUGAGGCAGAGCAGAGUGACGCUGGCCACUCUAGCCAGAGCUCGCACCAGCAACUGUCCGAGACCGAAGAGUUGCACCGACGUCUACCGCAAGCGCAGCCCGUAGCAAGUGGCAGCCAGGUUGCCAUGGGGGAUGAGGCAGUGAAUGCCGUAUCAGAUACAUCCUCACCCUCACGCCCUCGAGGUAUGGCAGCAUCUAUCUCUUCUUCGACCAGGAGGAAGCAACCUCCUGAGCCACUGACCUUCGACAGCGACAGCCGCAAGCAGAAUGCUGCCCACCCUCCUCUCGGCUCGACACAGAGCACCACAGCACAGUCGACAGUAGUCAGUGGCUCACAGCCUCAAACGCCCAGCGAUGCCACGCUCCCCAACAGCGCGGGGCCACCCAAGGGGAGGAGAAGAGCGGGGACGGUGAGCAGUACACCUCCCAGCGCUCCGCCGUGUGUACCGUUGCCUUCGGUCCCCACUGCCGAACACUCCGCUAUCGGACCGUCAUUUGCGGCUGUGAGCACGAGAAUUGCUGAGCAAAGAGAGAGGAAGGCUCGACAACAACGUCAUGACAUGUCUCUGCGAGAAAGCUAUUACUCGCUUCAAGGCAGUGUACCAACGGUCCAGAUUCAUGAUGUUGCUUCUACACAAGCAGCUGAAGCUCAGACGAAGCCUGCACAAGAGUAUGAGCCGCAGCGCUUUGCGACUACCUCGCGUGAUUACCACUCGCAAGCAAUGAAGGUCAACUACUCGUCGUCGUCGUCCCAAUUUCCCGACUCGCUGUACAGCGAAUCGAGCCCAGUAUCCGUGCAACACAGUCUUAGCACACCUGGCACCCCCUAUUCAUCUGUCUUUGACGCUCGCAGCGAAUCUGCGAAGAUGCUGGUAUCGCACAGCAACGCUUCCUCCUUUGCCAAAACGGGCAAAAUGAUCGAUAGCGAGCUGAUGACUGGCGUCAUCACCGAAGAACCUGUCGAAGAACACGUCUCACUUUCUGUUAGAGGAUUUGGCGAUGGCCCGGGCUUGCCUCGCAGUCACACUGCUGAAUGGCUCCAAGCCCAGCGACGGCGUGCUGUGUCAGCUGCAAUGGAUGACAGCGGCGAAGUCGAUCCCAUCCGUGGUAGCGAGGAGACUGCAUCUUCCGAGUCCAUGACGACUUCUGAAUCAGACGUCUCUUCCUUACCGGCAUCGGGACGGCAGCUAUUGAUUAUCAAUACUUCGGACAGCUCACACGAAGUGGAUGUCGAGCUUGGAAGGAACGAUGGCAAACAAAAGGGUCCAUGGGCUGAGAGUCCGAUGCUCCUUACCCCAUCCAGGCAAGCGCAGAGUGCUAUUGGCCUGGGUCUGGUGUUCGACACCAAAGACAGCAGGGGGCUGUCCGGCAAUGGAUUUGCCAACAACAACGUGCUCAUUGCAAAUCGGAUGCAACUAUCAGAUCCGUCCCUCUUGGCAGGGGAGGUGACGCCUCAAGCAAAGACUUUCUCGAAGCCUCGUGGUCCCUUCUCUGAGAGCCCAGUCCCCACCAUGAAAGCAGGAGUCUCGCUCGGCUUUGACGCAAAGUCCGGUGCACAAAGUCGGUCUCGAUACAGCUCCAUUGACGCAGCAAAAUCUUCAAGCCUGUCACCGCGCAUCAGAAGUCUCGCCUUGGUUGAUCAUCGACAGCAGUCUCUCGGUCAAUCAGACGGUGCAAGCACUCCAGCCAGGCCAGGCUUCUUCGCAAGACGGCAUACUCUCGGUCUCAACCCUCUCGAGAAGCAAAGUCGUGACGAAUGGCACGAAACAGAGAGAUCAGCCCCGUCCCAACUAUCCCCACCGCACUCGUCAGCACCGACAGCUCCUCGCAGUGCACCUUUGCCGUCUACCUCCACUUUUGCAUCGGGGGGCGAGACUCCUACGGUGUUCGAGAUGAGCAAACGUUCAUCAAAGCACGUUCGAAGGGCAUCCCGUCUGCACUACGUUGCUUCGCCUGACUGCGACAACAGUGGCGAGGUCCGAUUGGCGAUGCCGACGCCAGCCCUGACAUCUGAGCGACGCGUUGUAGUGUCUCAGUCGGGUCGCACCGCGAGAAGCUCUUCUGGAGGCCCGCCACGCUCUCGUCUGUCCUGGGGCUAUGCCCCUCGCAGCGACAUAGAGUCGCCCACACUGCCCAUGUCUCCAACAGAGAGCAGCGCAGUCCCAUCCUCUCCCUGGCUCGAUUUCGCAGAAGAUGGCUCCGGAAUGGCUGCUACCUCAGCACGGCGCUCAGAGCUGUUGAAGAGGUCCGAGAGUGGUCGUCGUCAACCGUCCAGCGGAAGUAACGUUACUCAUUUCAGCUCCGUCCUAGAGAGUGAAGGCGGCUUGCGUAGGCGAUCCACACUGGAGAAGAAGAAUCAGAGGACAACCCUGACCAUACCUCCUACGGCGGUGAUCAGGCCCUUCGUAUCUACUCACGACCGAAGAGCGAGUGUCCACUCUGAUGUUCUCGUUCAGGAUGGCAGCCUUCGCCUUGGACACAUUCAGGAAGACAAGGGUUUGCGGCAGCUGCGUCUUAUGGGUGACCUCCCCCCUGAGGAAUAUGGCUCCCGGCCCAUGAGCGUCUUCGUCCCCGUCCCAACUCUUCAGGCUCACCUUCGAGCCAAAGCUUUGCAAGAGCAGCAAGAGAGAGUGCAGCUUCGCACAAGGGCUGCGAUGCAUGAACCUCUACCGCGGUCACCACUAAGCUUCGGACAUGACUUGCUGAGCUCGUCUGGACGCAUGCUUGAUUCAGAGCUGCCUUCUCGAACCCUAUUCUUCUUGGGAUUUCUUGGUAUGCCCUGGCUCUGGCUAUUGGGAGGGUGGGCUCUAAACAGCGACGGCAUGCUGGGGCCUGCAGGAGGAGCCGGCAGAGGUCGAGUGGAAUUCUACACGCACGAGCCCAGCAUGCAGGAAGUUCAGCGCCAGUUGAGACAACAGGGUCAAGGACAAGGCGCGCUGCAGCGUCGCAGCAGGGUCACCAGCCGCAAUCUGUCAGUUGCGCGAGGUCACCUGUCGACCAUCUAUACUGAUGGUAACGAUCAACGAGACUAUGCUGGGGAAUCUUUUGAGGUCCUCGAUUCCGAGCAUGGUCUCCACCGGAUGCACCAAGAACGACGAGACGUGUACAACGAGCCAUCCAAGGCUGCUCAAAGUCACUUCUCAUUGGCAAGUUCCGAUGGCUGCACGGGCCGUACCUCACCUCAGACUUUGACUUCAGCCAAGGUCGAUCGACUGCCAAGAAACACCAGGCGAUCGUUGGGCUCUUUCCUUAACCCUCACCCAGAAGUCGCACUCUUCCAUUCUCCUGUCCGCUCCGUUGCUUUCAGCGACGGUCCAAGUGACGAAUGGCAUAAUGCUGAGCAAGGUCUGCAUCGUGGACAUGCAAGCUUGAGCGCCCGCCGGCGGGCCCGUCGAAGCGGGGUAUCAGGCCUAGACCACAUCUCUGACGUCGAAGAGCCUGCCACCGAUGUGACAAUGACAUUGGAGAGCGAAGAUCACCGCUACUCUACAGGCCUGUCUAUGGCUGACGACCGACGAUACGAGCUACGCGACGAGGUAUCUGUAGGCCAUCUGCGUUCAGGUUCACGCACGACCCUGUCCAUGCUGGAGGGCCUGCAAGGAUACAGCUCAGCUCCUGCUGAGCAGGUAGCAGUGAAACUCACUGCUCGUCAGCGACUGGCGCUCAUGGAGCGUUACGUGCUGCUGAAUCGCUUCAUGGCUAUCACAUCUACCCUGGCGGUAUUUGCGGGCUUCGGCGUUGCCCUGAACGCAGUAGCGAUGAAUUUUUGA